AUGAACCUGCUCUCAUCUGUGACGAGAACAGGGGCGCCAGUGGCAGACCUGCCAAUUCUGGUGUUCUCUGGCGAAUGGCAAUCGAGGUUCCUGAGUCAGUUCAAGAACGGCACGAGGUUUAGCGUUACCUUCGUGAUCAACCGCAUGCCCCUGUGCAUGCAGCAUAGAGCAGCAGCACUGGUGUACAAACACAGAUUGAGGGAGGUGCUGUUCCCUACUGGACAACUUUCUUCCCACCAUUCACAUCUACAGAGGCUGGUAGGCCUUGAAAGCAACCCUGAGCAGUGCAAGGCCAUUCAACACAUUGUAGCUGGUACUGCAAAACCUGCCCCUUACCUGUUAUUUGGUCCACCUGGCACAGGCAAAACAGAGGCUUUGGUGGAAGCCAUCAGGCAGAUAGUAAAAACCCAGCCCUCAAGCACCAUUCUAGCCUGUGCUCCCUCCAACAGUGCAACUGAUCACCUCUGCGAGAAGAUUCUGGCAGGAAAGAUAGACAACCACAAGUUGUAUCGUUUGUAUGCCGUCCACUGCUCUGUGAAAAAUAUUCCCACAAAUGUAAAGUUUUGCUGCAACCUGGACCCACUCACAAACAUGCUUAUAGUUCCUCCCAAAGAGGAGCUGGUGAAGUAUAAGAUCAUUGUCACCACCCUGCUAAAUGCAGGAAGACUAGUGACAGGAGGGAUACCUCCAGGUCAUUACACUUAUAUCUUUGUGGAUGAGGCAGGCCAGGCUGCAGAAACAGAGUGUAUCAUCCCUAUAGCAGGUUUACUAAAACCAGAUACAUGCCAGUUAGUGCUGGCUGGAGACCCUAAACAGUUAGGGCCCAUCAUCACAUCCAGAAUGGCAAAGAAACAUGGCAUGGGUGUGUCCUUGUUGGAGCGUCUGAUGAGGGACAUUGACUUGUACAAGUCACAUGAGGAGUAUGGGUUCAACAGCCGAUUUGUCACCAAAUUACUGAGGAACUACAGGUCCCAUCGUGCAAUUCUGACAAUUCCCAAUGAGCUCUUUUAUAAAGGAGAACUUCUACCUCAUGCUCCAAAAAAGAAAUGUAAUUCAUACUGCAAAUGGAACCGGCUGCCCAAGGAAGGUUUCCCUUUGAUCUUCCAUGGAGUGGCAGGUAUUAAUGAACGUGAUGCCAACAAUCCCUCCCUUUACAACGUAGCAGAGGUGGAGGUGUUAAAGGAAUACUUAAAAUCCAUCUUUGACCAUCUUCACAAAAAGGGUGUGACCAAAAUUCAAUCAGGAGAAAUUGGCAUCAUUACCCCGUACAGAAAACAAGUGGAGAAAAUCCAGACUGCCCUUCAGAUGGACAAAGAUCUCAGGAAGGAAGACUUGGAAAACAUUGAGGUUGGUUCAGUGGAGCAGUUUCAGGGUAAAGAGUUCAAUGUGAUUCUGGUGUCUACAGUGCGUAGCAAUCCCAAACUGUCUGCACAGAAGGAACGGUUCACUUUAGGCUUUGUUUCUAAUGAGAAGAGGUUCAAUGUGGCCAUGACCCGAGCCCAAGCUCUACUGAUUGUGGUGGGAGACCCGAGAGCCUUGAAAACUGACAAUAUCUGGAACAAGUAUGGCUACAAGUGCUCAUCAGUCUAA